GCAUUAUAAUCUUUUUUUUUCACUAGUACCAAUGACUACUGAAUCUGAUGCAGAUUUAUUGAUGCAUCAAGGUAAAAAACACACAAAAAAAGGCUUGUUUUGCUGGUAUCCGAAUUAUGUAGAUGCUGGAAAUGCCUACUGCAAAGCGGCCAAAAUUUAUGCAGGUCUACGCUGUUUAAAUAAAGCUAUAAAUUCGUGGCAUGAAGCUGCCCAUGUCUAUAAAGAAGCACAAAAUACAUCAGCAGCUGGAACUUGCUUGGAAAGUUUAGGUGAAUUUCUUAUCCAAAGCGCAGAUGAGGACAAAAAAUUAAAUGAGUCAUAUAUCAUCGGCAUCGCUUGCUUUGAGGACGCGGCCGAAUUGUAUAAAACAGGCGGUAAUUAUCAAAAACACGAUGAUGUACUUAUCAAGGCCGUUUAUGCGAUGCAAAAAUAUCUAGAACAGAGUAUGAAAUCCAGGAAAAACAAUAGCGACGCUUCCUUUUCUACGGCCAGUUUUCGAUCCACUACGGACACAUAUAAACGUCUUGUUCAAAAUGCCCUGAAGGCUUUGGAAGCGACUUGGGAUCGGGAGGACACGGUGCCGUACAAACUGCUUGAUCUUUACCACGACUUCAUCCUUCACGCGAUCCGUCAGGGGGAUAUCCCAACCGCCGUGGAGACUCAAAAACGGAUGUUAGGGUUCGUUUCCACCCCUUCAUUGAACGGGACCUACGAUGAGUCCAAGAGUGUGAUUGCCCGCAUGAAAUGCCCCAAUCAGGCCGCCAAAACGGGUCUGGAGAUGGUGGUACUGUGCUUGAGCCGCGAUGGCGAUGAUGUUUGGGCGCGGCAGGAGUUUGACCGGAUGGCCACUUUAUCGGGCUUUCGAAAUUCCGCCGAGCAGAAGGCCGCCGGGGCGCUCUUAGCGGCCUAUGAGGAGCGCGAUCCUGAUCAGCUUCAGGAUGUCAUCAAGAAUUAUUCAAUUUUCAACUUUAUCUUGGCAGAUGUAUCGCGUAUGGUAAGAAAGCUGAGGAUUGAAAAUGGUUUUGCAGAGGCCUCGGGUGCAAACGAUCCCAACAAAGUCAACACCGCGACACCAUAUUUUGACGAUGAGAAGGAAGAAAUAGACCCUGAGGACUUGCGAUAAUAUUGGAUGAGAUGAAAAACUGGAGAAAAGACAAUAUUUUGAAAAGGAAAAUAAUAUUUUACAAAAUAUGUAUAUAAUUCUAUAUGAUGAGCUUUUUCUUUGAUCGAAAAGCAUAAUCUAUAAAAACGAGUCUUGUUAUCUUCAGAUUAAAAAAGGUUAUCAAAAGCACAAUGGAAGCUUGAGUGUUAUUUCUUUUUUUUUCACAACGAGAUAGGGUUUUGAUAAAUCCAAAAACCUACUCACAUUAUUCGUUAAUAAAUAACGUCUGUAUAAAAUGUUAAGGAAUACUAUGCACUGUUUAGUAAUUUUUUUAGAUGCCUUAAUGUCAAAAAUUAUAUUCAUCUGUACUAUUCAGUUAUAUAAAUAAUUCAUGCAAAUUCUAAAUUCUUCUUUCUUUUGUGAUAUCGUAGUGUAAUUUCAUACAGAUGAUUUAGUUUUUCUGGCUAUAUGCUGCUUCCACUUGAAGAGGCAAUGAUUGUAUCGAAAGCUAUAUGUUCUAUCACGUCCUAUUAGCGGGAUAUAUAAAAUUUGACAAUUUAUUCUGCCAGUUCACAAUUGGGAGGCAGAGAAUCUAAGGGCUAAAACAACAAUAUGAAAGGCUGACUUUCCCUUUCAAAAUCAAACUAGCGGUUAUGACCUUUCACGUAAUACAGUCUGGGAGAAAUCACGUGUUAAAUAUGGAAUGCGUAACGAGUAAAACCAUAUAACAAAUAAAAUGGAAAUUACUCUA